AUGACUUCAAUAAUUAAAACUAAACAAGCAAUAGUACUUAAAGAAAAAGCAAAUAUUGAGUUAUGGAAUAAAAAUUAUACAUCUGCAUUAAAUUUAUUUACAGAAGCAUUGGAAUUAGAUCCAGAGAAUAUUGAAUACCAUUUGUCAAGAGCAGCUGUUUAUAAUUUAUCAGGAUUAUUUUCAAAUGCAAUUAAAGAAUGCAAAAUUACAUUAGAAAAAGGUAAUAAAAUUAGAAAAGAGAAAUCAAAAGGAUUAUCUAAGAAAGAAGAGGAAGAAGAGGGGGAGGAUGGAGAGGAAGAGGAAGAUGGUGAUGGGGAUGAAGAAAUAAAAGAAAAGAAAAAAAGAAAAAAAGAAAUUGAAGAGAUUGAUUCAAUUCUAUCGAAAGCAUAUGCUAGAAUGGGAUCAGCAUAUCUUGGUGCAAAUCAAUUGAAAGAGAGUAGAACAUGUAUUGAGAGUGCAAUUGUGAUUCAACAAUGUCAAGAAUUUGAUGAAAUGUUACAAAUGAUUGAUGAUUUAAUUGAUUUCUCAACAACGGAAGCAAAGAAUCUAUUUAGAUUAGCCAAUGAUUCAUAUUAUGCUAAAAAAUAUCAAGAAGCAAUUGAAUUAUACACAGAGGCCAUUGAAAUCGAUCAACGAAAUAAUAUACUCUUUUCAAAUCGUUCAAUGUGUUUCAAUAAAUUGAAACGUUAUCAAGAGGCAUUGGAAGAUGCUCAAAAAGCAAUCGAUAUUGAAAAUAGAGAUAGUCAUCAUAGUUAUUUACCACGUUAUGCAAAAGGUAACUCACUUUACUUUUUAGGUCGUUAUCAAGAAGCAUUAGAAUCUUAUCAAGAUUCACUCAAAAAUAAACCAGAUUCACCAGUAUUAUUAAAGAAAAUUAAAAAAACUUUAUUAAAAUUAGAAUCAUCUUCAAUAAAUAAAAAUAAAAAUAAUAAAAAUAAUACUACAACUACAACUACAACUUUAAAUGAUAAUAAUAUUAAUAAUAAUAAUAAUAAUGAGAAUAAUGAAGCAUCAUCAUCAUCAGCAUCAUCUUCUUCAGCAACAAUAAAUAAUAAUAAAAAUGAAAAUAAUAAAAAAGUUAAAAAAAGUAAAAAACAAUCUAAACAACAAAUUAAAGAAUUAAAACCUCAAAAUCCAAUCCAAGAUCAAAUACCAACAAAAUCAUUGUCAUCAAUUAUUUCACCACCUCCAUUACCAAGUUCAAUUGAUAAAUCAUCAAAUUCAAUCGAGAGUAAUUUAGAAACUUCAACACAACUUCAAGAAGAUUAUGAAUUAACAAUGGUACCAGAUCCAACUUCACCAAGUAAACAAACUUUUGUUAAAACAAAUAAUUUACAGAAUGAUGAUAAUAAUGAUGAUGAAGAUGAUGGUUAUGAUGAAAAUGUAAAAUUACAACAACAACAACAACAAAAUGAUGGUGAAAUAGACAAAGAAGAUGAUGAUGGUGAUGAAGAUGAUCAAGAAAAUGAAGAUCCUUUCAAAGAUAGUAGUAAUAAACAAUAUGAAGAAAAGGUAAAUAAAAAAGAAAAAAAAGUUGUUGAUAAUCAUAAUAAUGAUAAAAAAAAAGAAAAAGAAGAAGAGGAGGAAGAAAAUAAAAAGAAACGUUCAAAAGUUCCAUUAAUGUAA